AGCAUGCAUUGAAGAAAGUCUUUAAUCAGAGUGCCUCCAGAAAGUUCAAUGGUUAUUCAAGUCUUGGAUAAAGUUGAUACCAGAAUUUGGUUUGAACUAAUGUGGAGGAAGGCAUUCCUUACCAGUCCCUAGUUUCAAAGUGGUGAACCCCUGCUGCCAGCAGGCUUCUUCAAAAAAAUCCAUGGGUGACAGAAGAUUCAUUGAUUUCCAGUUCCAAGAUUUAAAUUCAAGCCUCAGACCCAGGUUGGGCAAUGCUACUGCCAAUAAUACUUGCAUUGUUGAUGAUUCCUUCAAGUAUAAUCUGAAUGGUGCUGUCUACAGUGUUGUAUUCAUUCUGGGUCUAAUAACCAACAGUGCCUCUCUGUUUGUCUUCUGCUUCCGUAUGAAAAUGAGAAGUGAGACUGCUAUUUUCAUCACCAAUCUGGCGCUUUCUGAUUUGCUCUUUGUCUGUACUCUACCUUUCAAAAUAUUUUACAACUUCAACCGCCACUGGCCUUUUGGUGAUACCCUCUGCAAGAUAUCUGGGACUGCAUUUCUCACCAACAUCUAUGGAAGCAUGCUAUUCCUCACCUGUAUUAGUGUGGAUCGUUUCCUGGCCAUUGUCUAUCCCUUUCGAUCUCGCACCAUAAGGACCAGGCGGAAUUCUGCCAUUGUGUGUGCUGGAGUCUGGAUCCUAGUCCUCAGUGGUGGUAUUUCAGCUUCUUUGUUCUCUACCACUAAUGUCAACAAUGCAACCACCACCUGCUUUGAGGGAUUCUCCAAACGUAUCUGGAAGACUUACCUGUCCAAGAUCACCAUAUUUAUUGAAGUUGUUGGGUUCAUCAUUCCCCUGAUAUUGAACGUCUCUUGCUCUUCUGUGGUGCUGAGAACUCUCCGCAAGCCUGCUACAUUGUCUCAAAUUGGGACUAAUAAAAAGAAAGUGCUGAAGAUGAUUACAGUGCACAUGGCAGUCUUUGUGGUGUGCUUUGUACCUUACAACUCUGUUCUCUUCCUAUAUGCCCUGGUGCGCUCCCAGGCCAUUACUAAUUGCUUGUUGGAAAGGUUUGCGAAGAUAAUGUACCCAAUCACACUGUGCCUUGCAACUCUGAACUGUUGUUUUGACCCUUUCAUCUAUUAUUUCACCCUUGAGUCCUUUCAGAAAUCCUUCUACAUCAAUACCCAUAUCAGGAUGGAAUCCUUGUUUAAGACUGAGACACCUCUGACCACAAAGCCGUCUCUUCCAGCUAUUCAAGAGGAAGUUAGUGAUCAAACAAAUAAUGGUGGUGAACUAAUGCUAGAAUCCACGUUCUAGGUACGAGAACUGUCUUCAGAUCCAGACAUAGUUUCUCUUAUGAUAUGUUUUUCUUAUACUCUAGAUAAGAUUUUGAAGCUAAUGAUACUGAGAAUAAAUUAAUGAACCAAAUACAGUCGAAUACAUUUGUUUAAAUGUGUAUUGUAUAUAUGCUGUUUUGUUCAGUAAUUAUAGGUCAAGUCUAAUUACGACAACCAAAACAAAUGAUCAAACUCUUCUGCUGGAUUGAAAUUUCAUUAUUUUAUUGUAUCAUGCUGUAUAAGUGGCCAAUGGCCCUGACUUUAAUGAUAGGGGAGUUUAACUUUUCUUUUUUUUUUUUUUGGUUUAUAUUUUAAUGUUAUUUGGUAAUUGGGUUGGGCCUAUAAAUAUAGAACAAAUUCAGGGAUUAUUUCUAAAAAAGUAUUUUGUGUUACUACUGACAUACACUAGUAAUUUUUCCUUUCUUAUCAUUGAAUUUAUUUUAGCAGAAGAACAUAUUUUAACCUAACAUUAUUAAAAAGGAAUGUAUUGAAUUAAAAAGAGCUUUGAAAAUCUGUUAUGUGAAUUUUGAAAAGAAAUUUCUGCAUGAAUAUAUGUGGGAAGAAGCAGAAAAGUUACAGGAUUUACAUAUUUACAAUCACAAACAGUGUCUUAUUAAAAAUUUAUUUUCUUUACUAUAUUAAGAUUUUCAUAUGAAAUUUCAAAGUCAGAAAGCUGCUAAAUGCAAGUAUGUUGCCAGCAGGUGCAGAAUAAGAAAUCACAUAUAACAACAAAAUGUCAGUAAAAAUUCCUCACUGCUUUUCUUAAUAUUUUCUAUUAUAUUUCUUUUGGUAAACUGAGUUUUACAAAAAUAUUUAUUCUCCAUAUAUAAACACUUAGAGCACAAUGUAGCCAAAAGCUGCUGAAUUUGUGCCCAGGUUGGGAGCGAAUUGAAAAUUAAAGAAGCAAAAUAAUAGCAAAUAAUAAACAAAGAACUUAUUUAGAUAAGCAAUCAGUUUUAGGAGGGUAGAUAUGUAUAAAUUUAAAAUAUUUAUUAUGAUUACAUUUUGGAGUAUGAUAUAGCCAGAGUUGCUGAAUCAGUGAUCAAAUUGUGAGAAGAUUGUAAGAAAAAAACUCUACAGAACCAAUCCAAUUGCACAAAAUAACAAAACAGAUAAAAAACACUAAAAAAGCAAACACAAAAAAGCUACCCAAGAAACAGAAAAAUUCUAACACACUAGUAUUUUAUUUAUUUUUGAAGUUCUAUAAACUUAAAAGUAUUCAGUCAUAUAUAUGAAAUUUUGGAGCACAGUGCAGGUGGAAAUCUGAUAAAUUUGUGUCGAAGUCAGGAGUAAGACGAGAUAUAUAGCACACCCAAAAAAAUCCCUUACAAAGUGAGAACAUAAAAAUUUUAAGCAAGAUUACAAAAUUUUAGUUUUGCAUUUUUAAAGCAUUUCUAAAACAUGCACAGUACUAUAAUUCGCAUUUGGUGCUUUCGAUCAAAAUGCAGCUGGCAAGUUGCUGAACUGGCUCCCGAGGCAGGAGAAAUUAAAAAUAUGUUAUCUCAAAAAAUAAUAUGGUAUUUAGCCGAAACAGAUAUUUAAAAAGAUACAAAAGAACAGAAAACAUUUUCAGUAAAACUUAAAAAUUCUGAAAACUGUUACUAUUUUGGGGUAGAUUGUAAUUUAAGAAUAUUAACAUUUCUAAAUAACAAAAAAUGUAGCUUAAAAAAUACUACAUUUGUGCUCAGGUCAGAAGCAAAGGAAAUAAAAACUGUCAUAUGUGCACAUAUAAGAAAACAACAGAACCCACACCAAUUUUAAGAACCUGAAAAACAGCAAAAACUUUUGAAAUGUGCACUGUUCCAUUUUUAAAAUAUUCGGAUGAUAUAAUACUAAUAAAAUCCUAAGAAUUUUCAACUGAAGUUUCCAGGAAUAAUGCAUUUUUUUAAUUGCUGAACUUGUGCCAGAGAGUGAUUAGAGAACUUUUGAAAAGUAAAAAUUUUAAAAUAAUAAACGAGUUCCUAAAAUUCAUAAGCCUUUGGUUUUCUUUCUGAUGAUAAGGCUUUAAAGUAUUGAGAUUUUUAAGUAAAAGUUUGUAAACAUAAUGUAACUUUAAAAACUGCCUGGGUUAGGAAGUAAUUGAAAAAAAAAUGGUAGACAAUAGAACAAUAGUAAAAAUGAAUUCUCAAAACUGGCACUACUUUUUCAUCAUGAUUUCAAGUCCUAAAAAUAACCAUGCACUAUAUUGUCUUGAGAAGAAAGCUUCUUAAUGGAAUACAUAUGACAUUAAAUUCAGAUAGAUGAAAUUAGCUUGGUAGAUUAAGUUUGGUUUUUAGGUUAUAUUCUCAAAUGAAAUUAGUAAUUACAAUAUGAAUAAUCUUUGUUUCCUUUGAUAUUUUUCUUUUCCACUUUGUGUAAUUAUAAAUUAUAUGUGACCUUUUGUUUGUGUACUUGGUUCUUGAAAUAAAACCGAUAGAAUAAUACAGCAAAGCAUUUAAUGGGAUAUGUUAACCAAGUUGGCAUAAAAUGUAUCAUAAAAUCAAUUUUCUUUUAUGUAAUUUUCAUCUUUAGUUUUAAUUUUUCAUAUUUCACUUUCUUUUAGCUGAUUUUCAUUUUAUGGCUAAUAUAACUUGCUAAUAAUAAAAAACUUGUCAUAUGAACAAUGUAAGCAACAAAAUGUAUAACGAAGUGUAAAUUGACAGUUUUACAUUUUAAAGCAAAAGCAAUCCUUCAUCUAUGAUUGCAACUUAGAUUUCAAAUCCUUAUUAAGUAUAAUAAAAUGUAUUUGAAUUAUC